AUGCAUCGAGGUUCACGGCGUCGGCAUCACCGGCUGCCACUUGCAGACCGACAGACAGGCAAACACACAAACACACAAACAGAACCAAUGAUGUCGAGAGACCACUUAAAUCUGUCUGCAUGUCUGCAUUAUUGUGCCGCCGCCUCUGCUUUGUCCGCCCUAUGCACAUGUCUCUCGCGGUAUCACGUUCUCGAGGUCUCUGGGUCUCAGGGUCUCACGAGACUUUCCGCAUCGCCACGUCUCUCUGCCGCCUCACUCUUGAUUACGUUUCCCAUCUGUCCGGUUAUCUUCUCGCAAUUGUUGAGCCUGCUGGUCCUCAUGGCGAUGCACACAUGCAGGGGCGAAAGAGAGAUAGAUAGAGAUAAAGAGAGAGAGAGAGAGAGAGAUAUUGAGAGAGAACGAAUCGCCGUUUUCCUUUUUCCUUGUGGACAGCCUCACUUUCGCGCUUGGUUGUCUCGCCUGCGCACAGGCUCCGUGAACACGCCGUUUGCCCUAGGCUUGGCCGGUCGGGCAGACGCGAUUGGGCUCGACAGACAUCCGAACCCUUCUACGCCCUGCUGCUUCUGCUGCUUACUUCCGGCCUCUGGUCCAGUCAUCCUCAUCGACACCAACAGCAGCCCACACCUCAACAUGGGUAACUAA